AUGUCUGAAUCAGUUGCAUCAUAUCAUAUACCUUCUAAAGACGGUAAACUUAGUGGCGGUGGUUUUAGUCCAUUAUCAAAGUCAUACAAUAAAUCUAAUACUAUGUCAAAAAUAUUUCCUACCAAUGAAUUUGACUCACAAAAAGUUAAAAGAAAAUUAGAUGAAAGAAUUGCUAUAUGGACAUUAAUAUCACUUUUUGGUGCUGCUGUUGUUCUUAUUAUUUAUGGAACUAUUCAUGGUACUGUACAUGAACCAUUAAAAUAUUAUAGUGAAAUGGCUCAAGAUAAUUUGUUACGUUCUGGUAAAUUUAAUCAAACCAUUUUUCAACAUCCAAAUGGAACAAUAAAAAGUAUUGUUAAAACAAUUAAUGUUGAUAAAAAUGAUCUUACACCACAAUUUUUGAAAAAUUUUCUUGAUAAUUUAAAUGGUCUUCAUACAUGUAUUCUUAAUCUUAUUGCUUUCAAUAUUAUUUCUUUUGCAAUUUUAAUUGCUCUACAUAUUAUUUAUACAUUUGCAACAAGUCAUAAUGGAACAAUCAAAGUUAUUUAUAGACUUGUUAUAGCACUUUUACUUAUAUGUUUACUUUUUCAAGCCGGAGCAGCCAUUUUUUAUUUAAUUCCAAAAGCUUCUAAUAUAAGUAAUGAUUGUGAUUUUCUUUUAGAAAAGUCAAAACCAUCAUUUAAUUUAGUUAAAAAACAAUUAGAAGAUGAAAUUAUUUGUAAAUUUGGACUAGAUGAAAUAACUAUUCAACUUGGGCGUAUCGAUUCCUGUCUACCUAAAAUAAAAAACAAACUUUUUUCUUCUUUUGCAGGCUUUCUUAUUUUGCUUUUUAGUUUAACUUCAUUUAUUUUAAUAUUAUUAACAGCAUUAUGGGAUACAUGGCUUAAAGAUCAAUUAUUUGUUAAAAAAGGAAGAAAAUUUUUUAAAAAAUUGCUUGAAAGUAAUUAA